AUGUCGGGUGUGGUGGCGGCCAUAUUGUGUGUUUUCACACGAGCUCAGGCCGUGCUUGAGGAGAGCUCUGGGAACGGGACGUCAGUCUCCAAGAGCCCCAGCCCCAGCUCCAGCCCCAGCUCCAGCCCCAGCUCCAGCCCUAGCACCAGCCCUAGCACCAGCCCUAGCUCCAUCCUAGCCCAGCCCCUAGCCCCAGCCAGCUCCAGCCCUAGCCCCAGCUCCAGCCCUAGCUCCAGCCCUAGCUCCAGCCCUAGCACCAGCCCUAGCACCAGCCCUAGCCCCAGCCCUAGCCCCAGCUCCAGCCCUAGCUCCAGCCCUAGCCCCAGCCCUAGCACCAGCCCUAGCUCCAGCCCUAGCACCAGCCCUAGCUCCAGCCCUAGCUCCAGCCCUAGCUCCAGCCCCAGCCCUAGCCCCAGCCAUAGCCCCAGCCCAGCACCAGCCCUAGCUCCAGUCCUAGCCCCAGCUCCAGCCCUAGCCCCAGCCCUAGCCCCAGCCCUAGCCCCAGCUCCAGCUCUAGCCCCAGCCCUAGCUCCAGCCCUAGCCCCUAGCACCAGCCCUAACACCAGCACUAGCCCCAGCCCUAGCACCAGCCCUAGCUCUAGCCCUAGCCCCUAG